CGGAGCUGCUGUAAUAUUCUCAUUCUGACAGCUACACCAUCAGUAGGACAAAUACUUCAUAUAUACUCCUCUAAAUCGAUAUCCAGAUGCCUGGAUGCGCGAGAAAGAGGUUUGCAGAGGGUUAUGUUAGUCUGUUAGUGUAGUAAAUGUGAGUUAUCAUUAGCGGUAGCUGGUUAAAGUAGCUCAGCACAGCUUUGUUUACAUUGCUAGUUCAGUCCCAGCAGCUUUCAUUGAGUUAACGACAGCAUAGAAACGCUAUAACACCUGUUAGUGCUCAUUUCAAGAGUCUGGAAUCAUCACAUGUGCCUAAUUUCCUCGGGUUCUGCUGAAAAGUGUUUUAUUUGUGCCCGUACUUCACUGGACAUCAGUAUGGGGAUGUGUUUGCCCUGUUUGAGUGGAGCUGAAGAUGACGUGGUCGUCACACCAGAUCCUGAGACGAGGAGAAGACAGUUGGCAGAGGCUGCAGAGAAGAGACAGAAAGAGACGACCUACAGAGGCAUCAAAAACCCAGAAGCCCUGGAAAGGAAAAAGAAAAAACAGGAAGAGAUGGAGAAAGAGACUGUGAACUCAACACCUGCUGGAGGAGGAGGGCUGAAGUGGCAGGUUGGCUAACACAGUCUGCAGGAAGAUAACUGGUGUGUGUCUACAUCGGGCAUCGACAAUCUGCUGUAUUUCCCACUGACUUGGGAGAUUCUUCAAAAUCUUUUUCCUUAUUUUGAAGUGUACGCUAACAAGGGAGUGUGCGUAGAGACUGGAAUUAUUGCCAAGCUCCUGCGCAAAGCUCCUUAAGACCUUUUGAUUGGCCAUUAAAAUCACACCCCUUUAAAAUGCCAAAAUGUGCUAGCCUAUGGGAUAUAGGAUUUAGCAUUUUUAUUUUAUAUACAACCUUUUCACAGUAUAAUAUAUGUUCAUGAAUAAUUUUCACACACAUGCUGCUUUUAUACCAAGGUGCUUUCUAUUUUCAACAUUGAUUUGUUAAAGAACCCGUUGAAUCGGAGAUCUGAAUGUCAUUUUAAUACACAUUUAUACACCAAAAAAAGCAUGUUUUUUAAUGGGUUUAGAAGCAUGUAGUACAUAUUUGGACAUUUAUAUUUAUUUGAAGUCAUGCAUACAUUACCAGUGUGUUUUGAGAUUAUUCAGGCCUGUAAAGCUUGCGUUUGUUUAUUUUGAUAAAUGUUUGAUAUUUAAGAGUGAAGUUCAAAUUUUGAAUGAAGGACAUUGAUGAUUAUUUGAGUUAGCACUUUCACUGACCCUUGAUUGUAUAUGUAUGUACCCUAUAGUUCUUAUGAACCAUGUUGAAUGUGCAUUACUUUGUCCUAUAGACUAGCAGUCAUUCAUAACCGCUUUGUGUCUGACGAUAUGAACGGCUAACUUUUCACAUUUAAAUCAACCUUCAGUGUCUCUGGAUAAUGCAGUGGUGACUGUAGAGCUGACUCAAUCUCACGCUGACUCAUGGAAGCGCGCUGAGUUGCUGGUUAUGUGAGAAGGAUAUAGCUGCAGGUUGAGGGAUGGGACAGAAGCUCCAAACCUCCAGCAAAAAUAUACCCAACCUAACCCAUUCCCUAACCUUAACCGUGUGUGGAAGUGUUGCCUGCUUUUGGAGCUGGAGUAACCCACCCUCUUGGAGAUUCAACCCCCAUUUGGAGUCCUCUAGGCUGCAUCUGUGCUAUUCUGAGCUAUCUGAGCUAUAGUGUGAAAUAUAUCUACUGGAACUCUGUGUGAGCUCUUCAUAUUGCUUUGCAUUUUGUUUUUAAAAUGCAUUUUGACUUAGUAAAAAGCAAGGGUGUAAAGUAACAAAUUACAAAUACUCAUGUUACUAUAAUUAACUACUUUUUCCCAAGAAUUGUACAUUUUUAAGUAGUUUAAAAAUGUUAUACUUUUACUAUAUAUAUAGUAUAUUUGAAGUUCUGUAACUGUACUUUUACUGCGCUAUUUUCCCACCAUCUGUGUUCUCUCUACUGAUUGAUUGUGUAUGUAUACCCUAUAGUUCUUAUGAACCAUGUUGAAUGUGCAUUAAUUUAUCCUAUAGACUAGCAGUCAUUCAUAACCGCUUUGUGUCUGACGAUAUGAACGGCUAACUUUUCACAUUUAAAUCAGCCUUCAGUGUCUCUGGAUAAUUGAAGUUCAAUUACUGCUCUGUCCUGAUUUUAUUUUUAUCUAUCAACACGAUUGGCUUGAGUCUUGUGACUUCCGUUAAAUCAAACCACACAUAAAAAACUUGAACGGCAGCUGCAGAUAUGGUGCCAUUUGUUAUGGAUGUGGAGGAUUCCUCAAGCACAGUUGACAGCUGAACAUCACGGCCGCACCUGAAAGAGAUUUUUGCAGUGAAAAAUGCCAAUUGCUUGAUCGUGUCAUGUGAGUUUAACUUGCUCAAGCCAAAUAUCAGCAUUAAUCCUGCCUCUUAUUUGAAGAAACAUAUCUAAGUCAAUUUCAUAUUUCUGUUACUGGAUUCUGUGUGUCUAUAAUGUAGCCUGUAAUUUAACUAUUACUUUGAUUAUUGGGUUUGAUAUGAGAGAUUAAUGCAAUGUUAUCAAAAGGGCUAGGCAAUAAAAUGAUCUAGAUGUUUAUCAGAAAAAAGAGAGAUGUCCUUGGUCAAACAUUGAGUAGUUUUCUAUAUUUAGCCUAUGAUCUACAUCUAGAACAGGGGUGUUUAUUACAUCAAUCGUGGUAGCAAGACAAUCACUGUUUGGAUGAUCUAGAUAAAAUAUAAAAGAUUGACUUUUUAUUUCCUGACGUCUUUUGCUGCUUGCUGUUUGAUUGACAGACUGUUAAUGUUUGUACGCUAAUGCGGGUUUGCGCCUAAAUGAUCAAAUACAAUUUAUAAUUCCGCAGUCUUGAUGAGGAUUUAAUGUAAACACAGUCAUUUAUGUCUAAAGGGAAUUUAAAUAGUUGGACAAAAAGUGUAUUUGCAUUAAAAUGUUGGACUUGAAGUGUACAUGUAACCGAAUAGAGCACUGUCUAGUAGGCUAUGUCAUAUAAAGAAUAUUAAUCGAACAACAAUAACAAGGAAACAAGAAAACCACUCACUACUUUUGGCUGAAUAACUUGAGUAGCUUUAAAAGUAUUAAUGUAAUAGAAUAAAACCGUGAUUUCUAUAAAAAAAAAUUAUUGUUUGUUUAUUAAUAAUACUGACUGCUGAUGUACAGAGUGUGUUAAUUGGUAUAAUAAAUUGCCAGGAAAGUAGAGAUGAUGAAAUAAUUUAUAAUUAUGCUUAGCCUUUAUAAAGAUCAACAUUUGUAGAGCAAUACUUUAGGCAGCAGAAUAUUCCACGAGUCACAAACUUCAGAACAUUGUGCAUCAUGCUUUAGAAUGAGAACACAACUAUUUCUGGGCUUAAAGGAUACAAGAACAAAAUCAAUGUGGGACUUUGUAUCUCAAAAGGAGGACAAUGUGGCCCCCCAUGUGCUACUUAAAGAAACAAUUCACACAAAAUGAAACAUUAUCUCAUCAUUUACUCACUCUCAUGCCAUCCCAGAUGUGUAUGACUUUCUUUCUUCAGAAGAACACAAAUUAAGAUUUUUAGGAGAAUAUUUUAGCUCUGUAGGUCCUUACAAUGUAAGUGAAUUUUGUGAUGCUCCAAAAAGCACAUAAAAGCAGCAUAAAUUGAAUACACACAACUCCAGUGAUUUAAUCCAUUACUUCAGAAGUGAUAUGACAGAUGUAUAUUUAUGCAUUUGGCAGAUGCUUUUAUCCAAAGCAAUUUACAGAGUCCUUAUUACAGGAACAAUACCCCCGGAGGAACCUGGAGUUAAGUGACUUACUCAAGGACACAAUGGUGGUGGCUGUGGGGAUUGAACCAAUAACAUUCUGUUUAACAGUGUAGUGCUUUAGCCCACUACACCACCAGUACGUGGCGAUAUGCAUGAAGAAUGUGAAUUCCCAAAACCACAAAAGAAAGAUAAAGUGGAGAUUGAGUGAGUAGCGAGGAGAAUUAAUAGUGAAAAAGGAAUUAAAUAUCUGUUUUCUAACCACAUAGAUGUGGUUAGAAAACAGAUAUUUAAUUCCUUUUUCACUAUUGAUAGAUCAAGUCGCUUCUGAAAACAUGCAUUAAACCACUGGAGACACAUGGAUUAGACUACUUUUAUGCUGAUUUGUGGAGCUUCAAUAUUUUAACAUCGAUUUACUUUCAAUGUAUUGACCAAAAGUGCUGAAAUAUUCUUCUAAAAAUCUUAAUUUGUGUUCUGCAGAAGAAUCAAAGUCAUACAUCCAGGAUGGCAUUUGGGUGAGUAAAUAAUGAGAGGAUUUUCAUGUGUGGGUGAAUAAUUCCUUUUCAAGCAUGAUGUAGCCCCUGUACCAAACAACUUUUGCCAUGCCUGCCAAACCUCCUCUAUUCAGCAGGACAUGAUGUGCCAAGUGAUCCUGCUUAUUCAGCAUUUUUUUUUUCAUUGUUUGAACAUGUUUUAUACACAACAAUAACUCUGUCAGCAUUAAGGUAAAUUUAGACCCUACACAUAAACUGAUUUUAAUGUAAUUGUUUCAUACAUUACGA